AUGGACCAGAGGUGGAAGAAUGCUUCUCAAUCUGGAGAUAUUGAUUUCUUGUACAGAUUGAUAAUGGAGGAUGGUGAGCUUCUGGACCACAUUACCAGCGUACCGUUCGUGGAUACUCCUCUACACAUUGCUGCUUCCGAAGGCCAUGUACAGUUUGCCAUGGAGAUAAUGAGGCUUCAGCCAUCAUUUGCUAGGAAGCUGAACCGGGAUGGAUUGAGUCCCAUGCACUUGGCCCUGCAAAGUGGAAAAACCGGGAUGGUGACUCGUCUCCUGGAAGCGGAUAAAAACCUUGUUCGAGUGCAAGGGAGGGAGGGUGUGACACCCUUGCACUAUGCAGCCAAGGAAGGAAAUAUGAAACUCUUAUAUGAGUUUCCAUCUGCCUGCCCAGAAUCCUUAGAGGAUGUGACUAUUCGAAAUGAGACCCCUCUGCACAUUGCGCUGAAGAAUGACAAGAUCGAAGCCUUUGAAGUUCUGUUGAGAUGGCUAACACAUGUCUGUUAUGAUGAGGUACAUCAACGGGAGAAAAAGGUCUUGAACUGGAAGGAUGAUGAUGGCAACAGUUUGUUGCACAUCGCAACACUUAGAAAUCAACCUGAGGUCAUAGUGCUUCUAUUGAACUCUCAAGUUGAUGUAAACUCUAAGAAUUUGGCGGGUUGGACUCCCCUGGACAUUAUACAGCAUGAACAGCCUAUAAGCGACGGAGGAAUAGGGGCUAUGCUAUGUGGUGCUGGAGCUCUUGAAGGAUCCUCACUUCUGUCUGUUCAAACCUUUACGUAUUACAUGAGGUUGAGGAACUCAUUUUGA